AUGGCGUGGGUAAAUUUUGUCGAACGUUGGAAAAUGCCUGUAGUUUUUAUCUCAAUGUCAUAUUCACCGUAUGUAAAUCUUUCGUUUGAGAAUUAUUUAUUUCAUAAUCAUUCUACAACAGCACUAUUGUUUCUUUAUCGCAAUGAUAAAUCAGUUAUUAUUGGGCGUAAUCAGAAUCCGUGGUUGGAGGUAAACUUAAAGUAUUUAGAUGAGAGAGGGAUUUGUUUAGUACGGCGUUAUUCUGGUGGUGGCACUGUUUUUCAUGAUCUUGGUAAUACAAAUUAUUGUUUGAUGACAUCACGAACACGAUUUGACCGAAAGAUGACGUUAAAAAUGCUUAUAAAUGCUUUAGAAUUGGCGGGUAAACAGGUUUUUAUGAAUGAGCGAUAUGAUUUAGUAUUUGGUCCAGAUUCUUUAAAGGUUUCUGGAUCUGCCUUUAAGAUAUCUAAAGAUCGUGCAUAUCAACAUGGAACAAUGUUACUUAAUACUGAUCUUGUAUCCUUGGAAAGUCUUUUAAAGACACCAAAGAUGAUAAUUAAUGCAAAGGGCGUACGUAGUGUACGUAGUAUUGUGGGAAAUCUUGGUCUUAAUCAUGAGGAUUUUUGUUAUUAUUUAUGUCAAGCAUUUGAAAAUACAUAUGGUUUAGGGCAACGAGUGCCAGUUCAUUAUGUUUCCGAGGAAGAAAUAUCUUUUGUUGAUGAUAUACAGAAAUGUAUUCAGGAAAUGAAGAAAUGGUCAUGGAUAUAUGGGAAAACACCUGAAUUUACAAAUCAUUUAGCAUAUACAUUUGAUUGGGGUCAUGUUAAUGUUCAUAUAGUAUGUAAGCAUGGAUUGUUUUCUCAUAUUUAUCUAGAAAAUGGCUCAAAUUUAUCUUUUCUUCAAGAAGUAUGUCAUGCGUUAAUAGGUCGUCGUUAUGUACCAGAUGAGAUACGUUGUCUUUUGCAUACUAUGCGAGUUUUGCCUGAUUCAAAACAAAUGUCAUUUCAAUUUUUAGAAUGGCUGGCUGAGUCUAUUUAA